AUUUUCGAGCUUGAAGUUAUACCCCAAUUGUGUAAUCCCAUGAAUAAUAUGCAUGGUGGCGCGAUGGCUCUGCUGGCAGAUAUGACUACAACUAUGGCUGGAGCUCCUAUCGCACGACAGGGUUGGUGGGAGUUUGGCGGGGUCUCUCGAACUUUGAGUGUCACCUAUGUUCGCCCAGCUCUCUUGGGCACUACCAUAGUUGUGACGUGUGUUCUUAGGAGCGUAAGCUCAAGGAUGUCGGUCAUUCAAUUCAUAGCGAGAGACAAGGUGACUGGAAAGCUGCUUGCACUUGCUGAGCAUGGUAAA